GGGAAAGACUGCUGUAGCAGUUAAAAAGAAAUUGAGGAGAAAACUCCACGUAAUUAAGGUAUUGCGAUAAUAAAACUACACCCCAAUCAAUCAUAAUCAUAGCGGUGCUUCUCCACGGCCGCUCACCCAGAAAUCACCGCCGUCCUACACAAACCCAGAGAGUUGUCACUUCGCUUUCUUCAAAGAAUCACUAUACUUUCCCUAUUCGUGCCUUACCGUUUGUAAUCGCUUCAUUCCCCCUCCGUUAGAUUUGUCUGCAAGAUUUCUUCUUCUUCCAGAAGAGGGGGAGUGUGUUAGGGGUUUCUUGGAGAAAAUACAAAUACCCAGAGAGGACGAUGACGGAGGUGAUUCUCCACAUCUAUGAUGUGACGAACAGUGCCUCCGACAAGACCAACAACACUAUUCUUCAGAUCAAUAGGUUUUUCAAAGACGGCAUUGGUCUUGGCGGCAUCUUCCACAGCGCCGUCCAGGUUUACGGAGACGAUGAAUGGUCGUUCGGGUUCUGUGAACAAGGUACUGGAGUAUUUAGCUGCCCUGCUGGCAAGAACCCGAUGUAUUCUUACCGUGAAAGCAUUGUUCUUGGAAAAACAAGCUGUUCAAUUUCCAAAGUGAAUCAGAUACUACGAGAACUUAGUAGAGAAUGGCCGGGCUUUGUGUAUGAUUUACUGUCAAAGAACUGCAAUCACUUCUGUGAUGAGUUUUGUGAAAGACUUGGUUCCCCUAAGCUUCCUGGUUGGGUAAAUAGGUUUGCUAAUGCUGGUGAUGCUGCUGUGGAAAUGGCGGAAACCACAGCCAUCAGGCUGCGGCAAGCUAAAACUGAGAUUGUUUCAGCAAGCAAAGUGGCUUACCGGUUCCUCGCCGGAGUUGCUUCUGGUAGUAAUCCCUCUGAUUCCCCUGGAAGUUCUAGCAGAGAAAGCCCUAGGUUCCAACCUACCUGGUUUAAAAGUCUUGUUUCCGUUGGAGCGAAACCAUCAAGUACUUCUGACAUAGAAUGUGACGGUGUAGAAGUGACACACCAGCAGCAGGAAGCAACUCGAAGGCAAAAUUCGCAGCAUGAACCAUGAGGGAAUAUCCAAAAGGAUCUUCAACAUUGUGUGCUUCACUCUCCAGACUUUGAAGGGUGCACCUCUGGCUUGUUGUUCUAUUGACUUGUUUGAUCAAUGUAUAUUGAUUACUUACUCUUCUAUGUAGUUUACAUUUUCUUUCUUUUUAUGAUGUGUCAUUGUAAUUCAAUUGUAAGAUUUAUUUACACACCUUCUAGACGUAUCUACUUGGUUUUCAAUUAGAAGUAGCUCUCGAGUCUCGACCCCUUGUGAGAGUGUAAGCUGAAUUUCCAUGUGUACAAGGUUCAGAGAUUUGCUGAUACUCGCAACUUGUAUUAA